AUGGUUCAACACCGAACUUGUGCAUGUUUCGGCAUCAUUGUGAUGAAUUUAUUUUUCAUCAUGAUGAUGACAGGAAUAGCUCAUCAUGAAUUAGCAUUGGCACAACCAUCAUCAGCAUUUAAUUCUGUUCAAGCUUUUAUGAGAAGAAUGAGAGAUCCUGCAGCCUAUUCAUCAUCGCGAACAUCGGAAAAGGUUCGAUCAUCUUCUCUGCCUCCAUAUAUUACCAAAUUCUUCCAACAAAAAUUAGAUCAUUUUGAUUUUACCAAUGAUAAAACCUUCCCACAACGAUAUUUGGUUUGUGAUCAAUUUGUUGGAAGUGGAGGAAUCAAGCCUAAUACUCCCGUAUUUCUCUACACUGGAAAUGAAGGAGAUAUUGUUAACUUUUAUGAAAAUACUGGUCUAAUGUUUGAUAUCGCACCACAAUUUAGAGCAUUGAUCAUAUUUAUUGAGCACCGUUAUUAUGGUGUCAGCAAUCCUUUUGGACCCGUGGAUUCAUUCAAACCUGAUAAAAUUAAAUGGUUGACUAGCGAGCAAGCACUUGCGGAUUAUGCCUAUUUCAUUACUGAAACAUUUGGAUUGGAUGAAAAGAGAACAAAUCCUGUCAUUGCAUUUGGUGGAUCCUAUGGUGGAAUGUUAGCUUCUUGGAUUCGCUUUAAAUAUCCACACAUUGUCGAUGGAGCAAUAGCAGCAAGUGCUCCUAUUUUCCAAUUUACUGGUCUCACUCCUCCCAAUGUUUACAAUCAAAUCUGUACUCAAGAUUUCAAUAAGGCCAGUAAUUUAGCUGUCUACCGCGAGACUUGUGACUCUGUCAUCAAAACAGCCUUCAAUGCCUUGCAAAAGAUAUCUCAAGAUAAUACUCCAACCAUGUUGCAAAAGCUUACCAUGCAAUUUAAGGUCUGUUCUCCAGGUAUUAGAACUUCUAAUGAUGUCAAUCAAUUGAUUGGAUGGUUGAAUCAAGCAUAUCAAACUUUACCAAUGGUUGAUUAUCCUUAUCCAAACAGCUUCUUACAACCUUUACCAGGUUUUCCAAUCAAUGAAAUUUGUAAUCGUAUUGCUACGUUGAUGAGUAAGGAAUCUGUCAUUACAACUGAUAGCUACCUUAAAGCUAUUCUUGAAGGUGCCUCAGUUUACUACAAUUACAGUGGAAGUGCUGGCUUUUGUAAUAAUUUAACUCAACCAGAUAGUCCAUCACUUGGAGACAAUGCAUGGGAAUAUCAAACAUGUACUGAAAUGGUUAUGCCAAUUGGUCAAUACCCUGCAACUGAUAUGUUCAUCUCUUCACCAUGGAAUCUUGAUGCAUUUAUUGCAUACUGCCAACAAAAGUGGCAGACAACUCCAAGAACCAAUUGGAUACUUACAAAUUAUGGUGGUAAACGAGCAGUCCUAGAUGCAACUAAUAUUGUAUUUUCCAACGGAGAUUUAGAUCCUUGGCAUGGAGGAGGUGUACUAGCACCAACUAAAACAAAUAGCAAAGUUAAAUUGGUGUACAUUGAGAAAGGAGCUCACCACUUGGAUUUAAGAAGCUCCAAUCCUUUGGAUCCUCAAAGUGUUAAAAUUGCCAGAGCCUUAGAAGUCAAGGAAAUUGCCACAUGGCUCAACGAGUUUGCACUCAAGAAAGGUUACGACAUUAAGUAUUAA